CACCGAGGAGGAGGAGGACGACAAGAAGCCGGGGACAGCGCACCAGCGGCGGACGGACACCGAGACAUCCAGGACAGCCUCACCGGGGGAUGGGUUUGAUCCGUCGGCCUGUGAGCUGAAGGAGACGCGGCAGUCUGGAGAUCUGCAUCUUAUUACUAAAGACAUAAAACCUGUGUAAAAGCUAGAGGAGCCAGGAUGGUGACCAUGGAAACCCCAGAGGCUCCUGUUCCUCUGACGGCGUUGUCGCGCUGGUACCUCUACGCCAUCCACGGCUACUUCUGUGAGGUGAUGUUCACCGCAGCCUGGGAGUUUGUGGUCAACUGCAACUGGAAGUUCCCCGGUGUGACCAGCGUGUGGGCGCUCUUCAUCUACGGCACCUGCAUCCUCAUCGUGGAGCGGAUGUACCUGAAGCUGCGCGGCUGCUGCCCCGUGCUGCUGCGCUGCAUCAUCUACACGCUAUGGACAUACCUGUGGGAGUUCGGCACGGGGCUGCUGCUGCGCCAGUUCAACGCCUGCCCCUGGGACUACUCCGAGUUUCGCUACAACUUCAUGGGACUCAUCACAGCCGAGUACGCUGUGCCCUGGUUCUGUGCUUCCUUCAUCGUGGAGCACUUGGUCAUCCGCAAAACGCUGCGGCUGCGCUUCCACGAGGGUCCCGAGGACGGCUGGUCAAACCACCGGUCGGAUGCUGGAGGCGGAGGAGGGGCAGCGGGGACUUUGGGGGGUGGGAGGAGAAGAGAGAGGAGCAGAGGGAUGGGAAAUGAUGCUAACGGCUACCUUAAAGUGGAAUGAAUCAGGACACAGUCUGAAACCAGCCCUAUCGCUCUGCUACACCUCUUCGACCCUCCUCAGCCACUUUCCAUAAGCAGUCCUCCCCUUUAACUGUAUGGGGAGAGGACAGACAGCUAUGUAGACUGGGCUGGUGUGCAGAGGUGUAAAGAGUAUCAGAACAGCCAGAAAAUGAACAACUAAACGGGCCUUUAAAUGCCCAAAUCACUCACUGUGUCCUCUACCGUUAACACAGGGGCGCAGUAACUCCAUGCUGCUGUGUUUGCUGCAUUUCAUAACGCACCCACCCAUUUCCAUGUGGGGUUGACCUUAAGGAGAUCAGGGUCUUAAAUGACCAGGAUUACACUUUCUCAAUUUCUCCUGUCCCACAGGACAAGAACUUGGGAUUAAAAAAAAAAAAAAAAGAAAAAAACUACUGUUGCAAAGAUUAACAUUAUUCUCCUGUGAAGGAACUAAUUCAAGAACAAGUACAGUAUCUGUCUGUCAAGGGCACAUCAGUCUAUAUGAAAGCAGAAAGCUUGCUGCAUAGAAAUCAUAAUAAAAAGUAGCUGCAUUAGUGAGAUGUCCUUUUUAAAAUGUACAUAUUGUCCUUUAGUAUUAUUCAAAGUACUGUAGUAAUGUAGCUACAAAAGGAGCAUACUGUCCACCCAGAAGCAAUGCGCCAUGUGUCAGCUUACGUCAUCAAGAAUGUUUUCUGCAUUUAGUGAAUACCCGCAAUGCCUGGAAAAAAAUGCAUGAAAAAAAAAUUGUCUUCCAAUAUAAUCGACAUGUUUACGGAGCUCAUUCAGCAGCCAUGCCGUACGUCUCUUGAAUCAGCCUGCUGCUUGUGUGUAGAGAAGCUCCGGACGUCGAGUCGGUCCGCCAGUUAUCAGGGUUGAUCGGUUCUCCUCCUGCCGAAACAGCAUGUCGAAGUGUCCUUGAGCAAGACAUCGAAACCCCAAACUGCUCCCGGUCGAGCAGGUCAUGGCCUUGCAUGGCAGCUUCUCCGCCAUCUGUGUGUGAAUGGAUGUGUGUAUGUGUGUGUGUGUCUGUGUGUGUGGGCAGGCUAAUGUGAGAGCUCUAAAUAAAUCCAGUCCAUUCACCAUAAUAGCAGGGACGCCUUUCUGUUGAUGGUCAUGAUUAUGAGUCAUGACCAUCGGCAUAAAGCACCAAACCUCUUAGUAAUUUCCUUUCUGCAGUUUUUCAAAAAAGCCUGUUCAUGACUCACCGUCUGCAUGUCCAUUUAGCGUGCUGUAAUGUCGUGUCAGAUAUGCCAAGGUCGCAUAAGCCUCGUUUCUGAAGUCUCAUUCACUGGAAGUCAAUAGUCAUUCCUGUCGAUUCACACAAUUUAUGGAACAUGUUUUUUUUUUCUUCAGCAAAUGGUGUCUGUGCUUUUUUCUUAUUUUUUUUCCCCUUUGGCUGUGAAAGUGUUGCUACACAAUAACAAAAAAAAAGUGUCUGACAGCAGUAGCCAUUUAUGAGUGACAGCUGGAUGAAAAGUAGCCAAGGCUUGCAGAUCAGGGGUUUUUUGACUUGAAAAACGCGUUUUACACGAACAAAACGUCACAUUCACGAGGCACAUUUUGUCCACCAGAGCAUAUUUUCAGAAGGUUAUUGACCCUCUCCCUUCACCCUUCUCUUUUGUGUUUGGUUUUGACAAGUAUGUGAAGUGAAGGGGAGGGAAUGUGCAGCAGAUUUUGGUGAUAAUUUAUUGAAGAAUCUGUCACAUUUCAGCUGAAAUGGAGUUUGCUGCUCUCUUUUUUUUCUCUCUCCCCUACACUAAUGGUCUGUGAGUUAUAAAUGAUUUGUGUUGCUCGGUGAAUAAUGAUCUCUGCGGUGUUACAGUGGGUUUUGUCAUGUCAGGCAGACUGCAGAAGUAACAUGAUAGGAUGCUAAGUGGUGUAAAAUACUCAAACUCAGAAAUUUCAACAUUUCAGGUAGUGUUAGGUUAACUAUAACUUGACAGCACUCUUGUCUUACAUGGGAACAUCCAGAUAUCCGGUACUCUACGCUACCAAUGCACAUUCUGGUAUUGUUUGCAAUUCUGUUCCGGAGGUAGAAAAAUCAAGGACUAUACACUUGCCUCCAUAUGCAUAAAGGAGGGAAUGUUUUCAGCCUGAGUCGGAGGAUGCGGUGCUGCUAGUUAGUACAAAAAAGCCUGGACACAUCUGUCUCUACAUUGGCUCCAAGAGGAUUGGGAGGGUGCUUGAAAUGGAAAUAUGUAUGCUGGAUUCCCCAGGAGGACUGUUUGUGCGGUCGACUCAUCAUAACAUGUUUUGUUUACAAUAGAUGAUCUCUCACAAUUAAUAGAUAGCUGCAACAAAAAAAAAAUGCACCCACAUCUUUCCCCAUUUUUCCAUAAUGCCGCCAGAUUGAGUAAAUGUAUGACCUUCAUCGGGGCGGUUAGUGUUUCCCUCAAACAUCUCCCUGCAAGUUCAGAGGGUUGACGGCAGAAAGCUGGUCAACAUCUCAGAGGAAGUGGCGCCCCCAAGUGGAUGAUUUUAGAAAUUCAAAACAUGUUUUAUUAACCCUCCUGAUGUCCUCAUUUACAGGCACUACAAAAUAUUGCUUCCUUGUCUGAAAAAAAACCCAAAAAUUCAGCAAAAAAAUUCCCCAAAUUUCUGAAAAUUUGCAAAAACUUCAGGAGUAAAAUUCCAAUAAUUCAUUCAAAAAUUUUAUUUUAAAAAAUCCCCAAAUGUGGCAAGAGAAUUCUUGUAAAUAUUUUCAAAACAUGAGUAAAAAUCUUACAAAAAAACCUAAAAAUAUCAAAAGUGAUUACAUAUAUAUCAUUAAAACUUUUAAUGUUUUCUUUAAGAACAUUCACAAAAGAAAUCAACCAAAAUCUAGCGAAUUUUGCUGGAUUUUGGUUGAUUUUUUUUUUUUUGGUGAAUGUUCUUAAGAAACAUUUUUAACAUUUCUUUUUUUACACCUAAAAGAUUUUCUGAAAUUUCCCAAAAAUGUUGAAAAUGUGGACAUCAGAAGUUUCACUGUGAAAAUAUAUAUAUUUUUCACAUUUUCAAACUUUAAAACUGGUCAAUUUGAUCCACAGGACGACACGGAGGUUAAGCUGGGACAAGAAAUAUGAAGUCACACAAACUCAUAAAGAUCAAGAAAACUGAACAUUUGUGUGUUUUUUCCCCUAACAUGUUUCGGUUGAAUUAGAUUCUAGUAUGUAUCUGAUUUUUUUUCAUACAUGAACCAACAGGCUUAAAAGCAAUAGAGGCUUUGGACCCCGCAAUGAUUACAUUUUAAAAAUCCAGAACUGGUAUGCAGCUAAUGUCUUUAUCAGUUCUCUUCUUUGAUGGAACAAAUCACAAGAACAUGCAAAACUAAGUGUAUUCUCUGCAAUAUGUGAGUGAAGGAGCAUUAGAUGAGUGUGUAUAGAGUGUUGUACAGAGACACGCUCUCUGUAUGUGUAUGUGCAUGUAUAGUAUGUUAAAACUGAACUGAUUCUCUGGUAUUUUUACCUUGAGUGUGCAUGUCCAAAACUUUCUCCCUCCCUCAAAGUCUGAUUUUAUCCCAAUGAUUGUUAGCCCCCCAGGUACUGUAAUGGUUGUUUAAUUUUUAGAAAAAAUAAAAAUGUACAGGUUUUUAGUGAAAUGACUGUACUGUAUAUCACUCACUUUGAUUAUGUUCAUGUAUGAUUUAUCAAUCUUUGGGAUUAAAUGUAUUUAUUUGAUCGUAAAA